AUGGCUUUAGACCAGGAUUCCCUGCCAGAUGCUCUCCGAGGAAGACAUCUGUCCCCAGCUGUCCAUGCCCAGAGCCAGGAAACCGAGAAGGGGCGACUCUGGGGGCUGCUUCUGACGGGCGUGGUGGGCGGGACGCUGGUGGCGGUGUAUGCAGUGGCCACCCCGUUCGUGGCGCCCGCCUUCCGCAGGAUCUGCCUCCCUUUCGUCCCAGCGACCCCUCAGCAGGUGGACAAUGUGUUGAGAACCUUACGUGGCAGGUGCGGGCCUCUGGCCGACGUGGGCAGCGGCGAUGGACGCAUUGUCAUCGCGGCUGCCAAGAUGGGCUUCCAAGCGGCCGGCUAUGAACUCAACCCCUGGCUGGUGUGGUUCUCCAGAUACCGCGCGUGGCGGGAGGGCGUGCACGGCUCCACCCGCUUUCACAUCUCAGAUCUGUGGAAGGUCUCCUUCUCACAGUACAGCAACGUGGUCGUCUUUGGGGUGCCACAGAUGAUGCCGCCACUGGAGAAGAAGCUGGACCUGGAGCUCGCCAAUGAUGCCAGGGUCAUUGCUUGCCGCUUCCCUUUCCCAAACUGGACACCAGACAUGGUCAUGGGCGAGGGCACGGACACCGUGUGGGUGUACAAUGUGAGCACGUUGCGAGGAAGUGCGGGGUCUGGGGUGCCAAGGCCCUCCCCGCCGUCCACACGUCUGCGUGUUCUGUGA